AUGUUGGACACUCCUGAGAUUGUGCUUGAACAAUUCCGUGUUUCUCCUCAGAAUGGAUUCCUUCCUGCUAUACCUCCGUUGCGAAGGCUUGAGAAUCCUUACUACGAGCCGUGGGAGAGUAUUGUUUGUGAUCUCCCAACUUAUAUCAAGAACGGGAGCAUCAGACAGAAAAUAGACUGUCUGCCCGUUCUGUCAACCUCAAUGCUCGAAGACGAGUCAGAAUGGAGGAGAGCCUAUGUCGUACUGGCCUAUCUCACGCAUGCAUACGUAUGGGGAGGCGAAAAGCCGUCAGAGAGACUACCGCCAGCCAUCUCGUGUCCCUUUCUCGACGUCUCCUCUCACCUAGAACUCCCAGCAUGCGCUACAUAUGCUGCCGUUUGUCUUUGGAACUUCGCAGCCAACAACGACCAAACAGACCUCACCGAUCCUGACGAUUUCUGCGUAAACACCUCUUUCACAGGCACAAAGGAUGAGGAAUGGUUCUUCAUAGUCUCUGCUGCCAUUGAAGCAACAGGAGCGAAGCUCUUCCCGAUAAUGCUAAACGCAAUCCACGCGGUUAAUGUCAACGAUGCUCCUACUGUGGUCACUUCCCUCAACCGCGUUUGCGAAGGAAUCAGAAAAAUCGCUAUCAUUCUGCAACGGAUGUUCGAAAAGUGCGGCCCAUCUGUGUUCUUCCACCAGAUUCGACCUUUUCUGGCUGGGAGCAAGAACAUGGCCACGGCUGGACUGCCCAACGGGGUUUUCUAUGAUGUGGGAGACGGACAGGGUGAGUGGCGCCAAUACAGCGGAGGAAGUAAUGCACAGAGCUCGUUGAUUCAGACUUUCGAUAUCUUUCUUGGUGUGCACCAUUCUGCGACGGGAGAGGUCAAUUCUGAUGCUGCCGGUCAGCAGCCAGGUAAAACUAGUUACUUACAGGAAAUGCGCAGCUAUAUGCCCGGACCUCACCGACGAUUCCUCGAAAUGCUUACCCGUCUCUCCAACAUCCGAUCAUACGCCAUGAAACAAAGGCCCGGCUCCGCAGUCAGAGAUGCAUACAACACCACCGCGAUGACUCUUGGAUCCUUCCGCGACAUCCAUAUCCAACUUGUCUCACGGUACAUUGUCAUGGCAUCUAAGACACGGCCAAUUGACGAUUAUGCAGAAAAGACAAAUCUCGCAACGGCGACUGCCAAACACACACGAACCACGGAGAAACACAAAGUGUCUCUUACCGGGACUGGAGGAACGGAUUUGAUUCCAUUUCUUAGACGGACUAGGGAUACGACAAAGGCCGCGGCAAAUUACAUGGACUCGGCUAUUCUUUGA